AUAGAGAGCUGUUCUAGUCAUCAUGAUGUGUCCUGCCGCCAUGAGCUUAGGCCAAAUACCUGACCGAGUUCUCAUACCGGGGAAUCCCGACAGAGUAGACCCUGAGUCUGUUUUUCUUUGGUGUCAACGAGUAUGAAACUAUGCGAUUUCUCUCGGAUCGUUAGACACGACCAUCGCUUGUUACUUUAAACCAAAACACAACAAACUCGUGCUCCUGUCUCGACCUAAUAAACUUAAUAUUACAUAUCUGUUGUGAUUAUGAUGAAUCUCAAAUGCAAAGUUCAUUUGGUACUAAGUGUUAAACUUCCAACUCAAUGAAGCUGUCACAUUGUACAUACACUAAUCGUCUUCGAGUUAUUAUGAAUUUUUAGUUUAGAACGGUACUGUCUCUAAGCCAUGUCCUAAAAGUCAUUUAUUUCUGGUCACAGGAAUAACAUUUGACUACUUUGUCUCAACUAUUCGCAAACAAGCCGUACUCGCUUCAGGAUAAGAUUACAUUAAGACCUUUUUUCAUACAAGAAAAAAAAUUUUCUUUCACUGGACAGUGAUCGAGAAACGUUUUAUUUUUAGUAUAAAUACUUGGAGCAAAAUUGUUCAUUGUUAAAAAGCACAUGACAAGCGCUGCAUAUUUUAGGUAAAUUUUAACAAGAAUAGUUCUAAUACGGUUUUUAGUAACUAUGGUUUUGGUGGACAACUCGCUGGAGGGGAAAGAAAAACCACUAGGCAGACAUAUUGUCAUACAACAGCCACACAACUUCCAGCACCACGAGGUGGAGGACCUCGACAAGCUGUCUUCAGUGGUCUUCACGAAGAGCCAUGAUCAGAGCCACUGGAAUACACAACUUUACAAGGCAAUCGCCUUAAACGAAGCAUUAGGUAAAGAUCUGGUGGAGGACUUCACUGAUAUCCAAGGAGAAGGGGUGGUGUCACUGGCUGGACGCUUAAAAAGUUUCCCUGAAAAUUGGACUGGAACGCCGGUUAUGACCCUUGCCCAGGCAGGAAUGUACUACAAAGAAGGCAACAUCUUGUGUUACAAUUGCGGUGUGCGCUUCUUUGACGUCGACUCGGGACAAGUCGACCCCACGACUCGUCACAAACUACUGGCUCCCAACUGUCUGCAUCUACAGCGCUUCCUUCAGCAGGGCAGCAAACCACUGGCGGCUGGUAAAGCGCUGCGCCGCAACUCUACCUCUUCACUGUAUGUUUUAAAGAAUGCCAGCCUGCUUCAUCUGAGACAUGAACACUAGACAAACUGUCAUCCACACACAAGUCAUCAAGUCAUUUUACUUUAAAAAUGAGUGCUAUUUUAACUGGUUGUUAAAUUAUGUUUGUGCUGUUAUUCUUGGUAAGUGUGAUUACCCUGUAAUACAAAACUUCAAAGAAAAAGUUUGAUUGCUUUGCGAAGGAUGUUCAUACCUGUGGAUAGAACUCAGAUUCUAUCAAUCCAGUAACUGUCAAACAGUUCCCUAUUUGAUAUUUCUCAAAGACUAAACAGGGGCAUGUUCUUCCUUCCAUUUCAUAUAGUCUGUACAAUGUCAACUACUGCCACUGCUGUGAAUUUUAAAUGUUGACAAUGUGCAGAUUUAUAUUUCUUUAUUUUUAGGGCAUUAUUCAUAAAUAUUAAAAACAAUAUAUUUUAUGGUAUAAACUAUGUCAAUGCCGUCAUUUUGACUUGUGGAAUACGUGUCAGAUUGGUUUGAAACUUCAAAUCAUAAAACGUAGUUACAGGUAAGAUGUCGAAUGCUUCUUUUUAGAAUUAUUGAGAGAACAAAGUUCAACAUUUUUUAGUUCAGCACUAAAACCCUGUCACAGACAUGACAAGCACGACAGCAUCGAUAGACAUUGUCAAAGUUGUCACAGCGAUGGAGAGGUUUGGUCUCAAACAAAUUGGACGAUGCCCCGACUGUCGGUUCUUGAACCUUUUAUACAUUUCUUAGAAGGAAGAACAUGACUUGUAGUGUAGCCAAUGUCAGGUUAACAUGAAUUGUUGUUCCACUUAUGUUUGUGUCAAUAAUGAAGUCAGCGAUUACAGCUCAGGCCAGUCUGACGUUUCGGCUUGUGAAAAACCCGAUCUACAAAUUCAGUCACAUGACCAGAUGCAAACAGGUCACGUGAUAAGCAAGAUUUUUUUAAAAUAUAGUCUAUACACACUUUGUGCACUUUGUAUGGGAGCUCACGCAAGCGGUUUGCGACGUGGCAAUGAAAACAAGGAACAAAGAUUGUUGUUAUCACUUGCAUGUUGACGAUUCACUACAGACGUUUUUUUUAUAGUAGAAAGAAACAAAAGUUUAAUAUGAAUUCAACUCUUUAUUCUCUUUCACAUGGGUUUUAGCUGGUAUACCAAUCUCUAGCAAUAAAUUUUUUUUAGAUCAUGACCAUUGUUAAUAUUUAUUAAAAUCGAUUAAAAUACUGUGAUACGUAAUUUAAUAAGCGUAUCUGUGACAUACAAUUUCAGAACAAUGAAUAAAAAGACCGUUUUGCUCAA